AUGUUGGGGAAAGGACAUAGACUGAAUACACUGGCAGUACUCUGCGUGUCAGAGCCAACUGUCGAACCUAAGACUGAAGACGCCCAAGACGAGUCCAAGGAGCCGCCGGAAGGAUACUACGCUUUCGUCGAGUCACCCAACGCUACGCCGCCCAGAGUACGUCCGCCUCCAUAUCGGCAAGUGGCGUCAGAGUGCGCGGCGACCGGUGAACGCGCGCACGUCAGCGCUAACAACCUGUGCGGAGACCUGAACCGGGGAGUCAUACCGAGGAACCCGAUGGGACAGAAUCCGAACGGGGAACCUUAUCCUUUUGAACUGAUCCGAAACCACACGCUGCGCUUCCUGUCGCGAACACUGCCCGUGCUGCGUGCAGACGAGGCGCUGCCGCGCGUCGCGCACAUGUCGCCACAUCCUAUCCGCCACAGACUGGAGGAGCGCUCGCGGCGCUCGCUGCUGACGAACGAGCGCGAGGCGGGCGAGCGCGCCGAGCACCGCGCCGACGCGCGCGACAGCAGGUUCUGCGACGGCGGCGGCGUGUUUUGCAUGCUGUACCGAGCUAUCAAUGGUGAAAGUUCAGGCCCCGAGCGCCGGGAGGACCCCGGAGUAGGCACUCAUGCCCCACACGCUCCUCCACAUAGAUACGAAGGUCCGCCCACUCCGUGUCCCGCUCGCGUGGAGUACGCGACGCCGGUGUUCGCCCGCAACUACCAAGGAGUCUGGCGCUACGUCGUGCAGAUACCCUACGAGGGGUACUUUACACAAACCGUAGAAGUUACCAGAUGCAUGCAGUCCCGCUGCCACUACCUCGAGGGCGGCUGCCUGAGCUCGCCGCGCUGGCUGUCGCUGUUGGUAGCGGAGCUGCACUACCCGCCGCCCGCGCAGGUACCGCGCCCGCGACCCAGCACUGAGAAACCGCCGCACUGUGAUGGGCACGACGAGUUCGGAUGCUAUCAGGUGCGGCUGUACUACGACUGGUUCCUGGUGCCGGGCUCGUGCAAGUGCUGGCGCCCGGACUACUUCGCGCGCUACGUGCGCCGCAACCACCACGAGCUGUGA